ACAUUCUCGGUUGUCCCCAAAAAUAGAGGUAUUUUUUUCUCAUUCUUUGUUCCAAAAAUGGCUGCAACCACACUCUCCGUCCGGUCAAACCGUCUCACUCCGGUAAGCCCUAUUCCUAGACCGACGGUCAACCAAACACACCCUUCUUGUAAACCCACGAAGACCGAGCCCUGGAGAGCCGCGCAAAUCCUCCACGCCCGGCGAAUAUUAGCCGCUCGAGCUGGUUCACAAGCUGAUGACUCAGCUCCAUUCGAGAUGUCAGUUGAGAACGCGCUCAAGCUCCUUGGAGUCUCCGAAAGUGCUUCUUUUGAUGAUAUUCUUCUCGCCAAGAACUCGAUUGUUGCCUCUAUUAAGGAUGACCAAGGAGCUAUUGCUCAGGUUGAGGCUGCAUAUGAUAUGCUGCUCAUGCGGAGCUUAACCCAACGACGAGCCGGGAAAGUUGUGGACAGAAGCAUUCGAUAUGCAGAUGUUAAACCUGUUAAUCCUCCCGGGGUGGGAUCGAUGCCUCGGUGGGUGCAAACAACUGUUAAGAAUUUACCAGUUUCAGUUGAAACUCCAGUUUCUAGUGAAUUGGGCAUACAAGUCGGUGUGUAUGGAGCUCUUAUGGUUCUAACUUAUGUGAAUGGAGCUUCUACGUCCUCGGUUAUUCCUUACGCCGGACCUGACGUUCCCGUGCUCAUCUUAGCAAGCAGCUUUGGUGCUUCCUUAUAUUUUAUGACCCGAAAGAAUGUGAAGUUAGGUAAGGCUACAUUGAUUACUAUAGGGGGGCUUGUUGCUGGUGCAGUGGUGGGAUCAGCUGUUGAAAACUGGUUGCAGGUAGAUAUUGUCCCGUUUCUUGGAAUACACUCUCCGGCUACCGUUGUCGGUGAAUUCAUACUCUUCUCCCAGUUCUUGGUUUCUCUGUAUCUAAGGUAGGAGUAAGAGAAUGCUUCUGGAAUUUAAAUUGUAAAACCUGUAAUUAUUCAUUUGCAUGAUCAUUAUCAAGCUUUUCUAGGAUGUGUAUCA